CACUCUUCAUAUAACGUAACGCCUCUCUCCAAUCUCGAUCAGAAGCCGGCGAUCGAUGGGUCUCGCGACGGUGAACGGAGAUUCCCAGGCGUCCGGCCUCAGGUUCCUCAUCUACGGACGCACCGGCUGGAUUGGCGGCCUGCUGGGCCGGCUCUGCGCCGACCGCGGCAUCACCUUCGCCUACGGCGCCGGCCGCCUAGAGAACCGCGCGCAGCUCGAGGCCGACAUCGCCGACGCCGCCCCUACCCACGUCUUCAACGCCGCCGGGGUCACCGGCCGCCCGAACGUCGACUGGUGCGAGACCCACCGCGCUGAGACCAUCCGCGCCAACGUCGUCGGCACCCUCACCCUCGCCGACGUCUGCCGCGAGCGCGGCCUCAUCCUCAUCAACUAUGCCACCGGAUGCAUCUUCGAGUACGACGAGAAGCACCCUCUCGGCUCCGGCGUCGGGUUCCUGGAGGAGGACACGCCCAACUUCGUCGGCUCCUUCUACUCCAAGACCAAGGCCAUGGUAGAAGAGCUGUUGAAAAACUACGAGAACGUUUGCACGCUGCGCGUCCGAAUGCCCAUCUCAUCAGACCUAACGAACCCUCGCAACUUCAUCACGAAAAUCACCCGCUACGAUAAGGUCGUCGACAUACCCAACUCCAUGACCAUCUUGGACGAGCUCUUGCCUAUAUCGAUCGAAAUGGCAAAGAGGAACCUCACUGGUAUAUGGAACUUCACCAAUCCAGGAGUCGUCAGCCACAAUGAGAUCCUGGAGAUGUAUCGGGACUACAUUGAUCCGGAAUUCACCUGGAGAAACUUCACCCUCGCCGAGCAGGCCAAGGUAAUAGUCGCCCCGCGAAGCAACAAUGAGCUAGAUGCGACCAAACUGAAGAAUGAGUUCCCUGAGCUUCUCCCAAUCAAGGAGUCACUGAUCAAAUAUGUCUUCCAACCAAAUAAGAAGACACCCAUCACGCCCUAAGUCGAUCUCCAUUCUCUUAUUUUUCCCUUCUUUGUCGUUCUAGCAUUCUUCAAAAAAUAAGUGUGUAAUGGAGGUUUAAUUAUGGCUCAUAAAAUAAAGAUGGGAACUCUAACUCA